UAUCGCCCGAUUAGAGGCAUUUAUCAAUAAUUUGGCGAGUCGGUAAAACAGAUAGCUGAAUUUUUCUGGAACGUGACAUAAGGUUGCGGAAAGGUCAAGAGGUUUAAAUUGCGAUAAGCGCAGUCUUUUCGUCUGGAAAUUGUCCCCAGAAGCCUUAAAAAUGUUCUCGCGAGUGGUGCGUCCAAGCCUUGCCAGUGCCCGCAGUUUUAGCACGUCCAAACAGAACAAUGUGAAAGUGGCCGUUGCCGGCGCCUCCGGGGGCAUCGGCCAGCCCCUGUCGCUCCUCCUCAAACAGAGCCCCCUAGUCACCGAACUGUCCCUCUACGAUAUCGUCCAUACCCCAGGAGUCGCCGCCGACCUGUCCCACAUUGAGACCCCCGCCAAAGUCAAAGGCUUCAACGGCCCCGAAAACCUCAAAAAGGCCUUCGAGGGGGCCGAAGUGAUCAUAAUCCCGGCGGGGGUUCCCCGAAAGCCUGGCAUGACUCGCGACGACUUGUUCAACACAAACGCCUCGAUCGUGCAAACUCUGGCCGAAGCCGCCGCCGAGAGCGCCCCCAAAGCCCUAAUCGGCAUCAUCUCGAACCCCGUCAACUCCACCGUCCCCAUCGCGGCCGAGGUUUUGAAAAAAGCGGGGAAGUACGACCCCAAGCGCCUCUUCGGGGUCUCAACCCUCGACGUGGUGCGCGCCAACACCUUCGUGGCCGAGCUCAAAGGGCUGAACCCCUUGGAGGUCAAAGUGCCAGUGAUUGGGGGGCACUCGGGGGUUACCAUAAUCCCACUCAUUUCGCAAGCCACCCCUUCGGUGACCUUCCCCCCAGAUCAGCUCAAAGCGUUAACGGAGCGGAUCCAGGAGGCUGGCACGGAAGUUGUCAAGGCCAAGGCAGGAGCGGGCUCAGCCACCCUGUCAAUGGCGUACGCCGGGGCCCGAUUUGCAAUCUCCCUAAUCCGGGCCCUCAAGGGCGAACAAAACAUCAUCGAGUGUGCCUACGUUGAAUCUAACUUAACCGAAGCCAAAUAUUUCUCGACUCCGUUGCUUUUGGGCAAAAACGGGCUCGAGAAGAACUUGGGAUUGGGAAAAUUGAGCGAUUUUGAGCAAGACUUGCUCAAAAAGGCCAUCCCAGAGUUGAAGAAAAAUAUCCAAAAGGGCGAAGAUUUUGUUAAUAAGAAGUAAGGAAAUAAAAAAAUAUUCUUACCAA